AUGUUGAAAGGAGAGGGUUCGGAAGGCCCUGGGCCUAGAAAUGAGGAUGUGUGCUUGUCUGCAGAGUCUGUUGACAGAGAAUUAGUGGAAAAAAUUGGAGCACUUAAUUUGUCAAAAGCGGCAUGUAUAGAGGGCUUAUCCUUAUUGUAUAAAGAUGUUGAAGUGUUACUAGCUAAUGAUGCACCCAAAGAGGAGCUGGACCGUUAUCUAGAGAGAAUAAGUGUUUCAUUUGGUUAUUUUCAAACUGUUCAUUUGGAUUAUUGCCAGAGUUUGGAAUCUAAGCCAGAAUUACUUACAGAGGCCCUGCAUUUGUACAACAAACAGUUGCGAAAGAAACUUGAUAUAGUCAGCAGGUUACAUAAUACCAUGAGAGGGGAAGCGGAAAGAGAAAUGUUCGAUGUAAGACCCGAGGACUCGGUGAGUAGAGCUGGAUCACGGCGGAGUAGCAGGUCGUCUCUGGGCUCAGUACCAAGUUCCGCCUCAAGUUCCGAAAUUAGAAGAGUUAGAGCUAAGCAAGCAGUAGCUCGGUUAAAAUGA